CAUGAAAGUUCACGCCUGCAGUGCAUGUGUGAGAAGAGCUUCAUUCUGUGAGGUGAAAUUCAAGAACAACAGUUUUUCCUUCAUAAACUAUUAUAAAUAAAUACUUACUAGUGUUAAGGGCACACACCAGCGUUCGUCUCAACUAAACAAAUAAAUCAAAACAUAUGUGGUUCUUCUUCUUAGUCCAGUGUUUUUGGAGCCAUUUUUCUUCACUGGUUUUAUUUUGGAUAAAGUAUUUUGAUUUUGCCCCUUGACGGUGCUUCAAGUAAAGAAAGAGAAAUGUCAGCAAAGUUUUAGGAUUAACAGACCGAACAAAAGCCUCCUUCCCUCGCUGCUCACAGACACUUUCUUUGAUCACGUUUGUGUGUUUCUCUCAGACUCAGAGUCGUCUCAGAGCUGUGCAGUGGUUUUGGAAAACGUCACAGACAACAUGUCCACAGAUCUGCUCUCCAUGCUGGUGGAGAACAUCUCUGGGUUGGAUGAGAACAGCUACAGCAUGGAGAGGAUCCUGGAAUCCAACAAAGCUGUGGUCACCUUCAGCAGCCCUGCAGAUGUGGAGAGAUUCCUGUCUGUAAGUCAGACCAGCACAAAGAUGAAGAAGCAUGGACUGACCGCUCGGCCCCGAAAGGUAGCAACAAACAUCCGAGUGGAGAGUCUUCCUCCGCCUGUGGCCAAAGGUACACACAGAAAGCAGUACAUGCUGCACUUAUUCUCUUUUGGCUCUUGACGAAGGCGGUCGCACUUUCUCCCC